ACCCUACUGCUAGCCCGCGCCCAACGCUCGGCUCGCGGGACGCUGGAGGCCUGAUGUCCUGCGUCCGCUCCCGGCUGGGCCUCCUGGCUGCCCUGGCGGCCUUGGGCGCCGUGGCCUUCCUGGGCUACUGUGUUUACUUCGACAGGAAGCGGCGCGGCGACCCCGGGUUCAAGCGUCGCCUGCGGGACAAGAGAAGAGCCGAACAGCAGAGGGCGGAGGCGCGGGGCGCACAGUUAUGGGAUCCAGCAAGGAAUGCAAAAUUGCAGGAAGUUUUCUUGCGUGAGAUCCAGAUGGGAGAACUUUGGCUAUCUAGAGGACAGCACGGAAUGGGGGUUGAACAUCUCACUAAUGCCCUUUUACUGUGUGGCCAACCACGCGAACUCCUCAGGGUUUACAGAUACACACUCCCUUCCAAGGUAUUUGAGAUGUUGCUGCAGAGAAUUCCCCUUAUUUUCCAGUCAUUCAUGUUGGACCUUGGCCUUCUGAACCACCCUCAACGCCACAGAUGCCAUCAGAGCACAAACGGCCAGUUCUUAAACCCCUGCCAGCUAGCACAGGGCAGGGUGUGUGCUGAAGACGUGAAACGCAGCUAGACGAGAAUGUGUGAUGUCUACUCUGACCCAAGAAGUGUACAUUGGAAUGAUCCACAAACGUUUUGUGUAUUUACCAGCAAUUUGAGGCAGACAUGAAUGCUCAGGAGUAAUUGGAGGAUGGUCGUGCGUGAGAAACGUUCAGCGUACC